UAGAAGGCGCUAUCGGAGAAAAGUUUUGCAAUUUGGCACAUAUAAGCAUAGUUUUGAGUGUCGAAAAAUACAACAGUAGAAUGUUAAUAGUGCAGUUGGGACUAGAGUAGUGUGUUCAUGUUCAACAAUAUGUUUAUGUGAUGGGAUAUAAAUAUUUGACUUAUUUCCCAAUUAUCACAUCUUCUGAUUUCAUCAACUGGAAGAAUCGCAACUACCCGUGGCAGGGAUCUAAUAUCAUAUGUAAAUAAAAAUGUUUGAAUAGUUAAUGAAGCGUCAGCAGUGCGUAAUUGAUCUCGUGAUCGUAUUGGCUACGGUUCCAACACUAAUUGUAGUAGCGCUGCUGUGUGAGUAUACGAUGAAUCAAUCGGACUGGGCCGACCGACUCGAAUCCCAAAUUAUCGUUCUGGGUUUGGCCGUGGCAUUUUUUGUGCUAUGCAUCAUGCUGACGGUUUAUUUGACCCAUCGAAUAGGAGCCUGUCUGUGGACAGGACCACUUCCUGCGGAUCAGCUAAUGAUCUUCAACGUUUCGCGGGACUUCGAGUGCGGUUCACCCCCGGACUAUGAUACAAUCCUGCUGGAUCCGCCGCCAUAUCAAAAGCUGGAGAAGUACCUACUCCUGGAUGAGCCACCCCCGUCCUAUGCUGCGUCAGUGGCAUCAUUGGAAGGGGCUCAUAUCUGAUAAGAGUGCGGCUGUUUGUUGAAUUUAAAAACACAGGGAUAGCUACAUUUUAAUUAGUGGUAUACAGAGACAUUUUACCGGAGAAUAAAUUAGGUCGUGCACUGCUGGAACAUAA